AACUGCCAAGGCCCUUUUGCUGAAGGCAUUGGGAGGCCUCUGCAUGUACAGGACAGACAAGAGAGGCCUUCUCUUCCUGUCAUCCUGUCCUGAACAAUUUUCUGGGUUUUUUUUUGCACAAUACUGCAAGGAAAGUGUUCACCGAAAAAUCUACCCUAGGAGGCUCCACAAUGUUGGAGCAUAGUAAUUAGGGCACAACAUGAUUGGUGAUUCUAUGUACAUCAAGGAAGAAACAGAUGAACAAUUUGGAACAAAACGUCGAAGAGUUAGCAUAACAAAUGAUAAGAAUGAAAUAUACAUUAAAGAAGAGGAAGAAGUAGAAAUUAAGGAAGAAAACUUGUUUGAAGAUGAAGAUGAAAAUUCUCCAAGCACCAUCCUUGGUUUGAAAAAUGACAAUGAUGUUGAUUACACCAAUAUAGAUCUCCCAGGAAAGACAUCUACAGACCACCAGCCUGGCCAGGCUACAAGCGAUGCUUCCACAAAGCCGGCAGUGUUCUGCAGACCUCCCUGGUCUUCACAAGUGGACCCAGUUGCUCCUACUCUCGCCGCCCUCACGCCCAAAAUAACGAACAUUCCUAGCUCUGGUUUUUAUCGGAAGGCCACCGACCCUAGGAGAUGGGUUGCUCCUCCUGUAGCGGAAGAUAGUGAUUUGGAGGUAGAGGCUGAGAGUGAUGUGGAUGAUAGUGACCUGGACCCUGAUUAUGUUGUAGAGGAAAACAUGACACCUACAACUUCAGGACAUGUGACUAGGAUCAGGCCUGAAGAAAUGCCUCUUGAUGAUGAUGCAGGUGAGGAUGAUGAGGAUGAGACGGUCUCGGGGGACACUCCACCACCCACCAAGAAGGUGAAGAAGGCCAAGGACCAGCCCUCAAGGGUAUGGAAGAAAGAAGACAUCAGACACACUCCUUUACCCGAGUAUAACCAUCCGGUGCCUGAUUUCCUCCUGAAGCCCUAUGAGUUUUUCCUCCAGAUGCUGACCAUGGAGAUACUUGAAGACAUUGUGUACCAGACGAACCUGUAUGCACGGCAGAAGGAUGUCAGUACCGCUUUCUCCCUUGACAUCCAGGACCUGAUGGUGUUUUUGGGCAUUAUCCUCUACAUGGGGGUAGUCCACAUUCCUUCCCUGGAUGACUAUUGGGCAGUCAACACCCGCAUCCCACAGGUGACCGACUACAUGUCCGCAAAGCGAUUUAAACAACUCAGAUCCACCAUUCACUUCAACAACAACGAUUAUGCCAAGGCUUCCACAGACCGCUUCUACAAGAUACGGCCUCUCUUCACAGGAAUAACAAAACAAUUUCUGCAGGUCAAGGAAACACCCCAUCAGUCGGUUGAUGAAGUGAUGGUGGCAUACAAGGGCACAAUGGCAGGGAAUCUUCGCCAGUACAUCGCAAACAAACCGGACAAGUUCGGCUACAAGUUGUUCUGCCGUGCGAGUAUCGAUGGUUUCAUCCACGAUGUCCUAAUGUAUCAGGGACAAACGACCUUCAGCAGCCACCCUGUAGACCUGAAUGAGGAGGAGGAAGAACAGCUACUGAGCAACAGGAUUGUGAUUGUCCUUGCCAAGACCAUCAAAGACCCCGCUAAUUCCACCAUCUAUGCGGACAACUACUUCACGAGCAUCCAACUGGUUGAGUUCCUGAAAGACAAGCUCCAAUGCCGCUAUAUGGGGACUGCCAGACCCAACCGCAUUGGAAAUCCACCACUGAUGUCUAGGAAGGAAAUGGAGAAGAAGACCACUCCCAGGGGGAAGCACGAUUAUGUCUCCUGCAAUGGGGUCAAGGAUUAUAAUGGUAAAAUGGGGGGCAUUGAUAAGUCCGACAUGCUCACCCAUCUCUACAAAUCUCCGAUGAAGGCUAGGCGGUAUUAUCUCAGGCUGUUCGGGUACAUCUUGGAUCUCUGCACCACUAAUGCCUGGAUCCUGUACAAGAGGGAUUCCAAAGCCCUGUCAGAGAAGCCCAUGCCCCUCAAAAACUUCCGCCUAGAGAUCAGUGCCUUUGCCCGUGGCUACAAAACCAGACCUGCCAGGUGCCUCCGCGAUACCCCUGAGAGUUUUGUCCGGCCAAAGAAGGGACAAAAAUCCCACCGCCCAGCAGACAACCUUCGCUAUGACUACUCCAAAUUCCACUGCCCAGUGUUUGUCAAGCAACGGAUGACUUGCAAACACUGCUCAACUCACAAGGAGAUGCACCGGUCUAGGUGGGUGUGCAAAGUGUGUCAGGUUGCCCUUUGCCACAGCGAAACUCGGAACUGUUUCGAGGAGUUCCACAUACCCCCGGCUUCCAACUCGCCCUCCACAUCCACCUCAUCUAAUAAUGAUAUGUAAUAAUUAUCUAUUCUAAUUUCUAUGUCUAAACUGGUCUAAUAAAACAAAUUCGUACCAUUUCUCGGUCAUGAAGUAAAGUAAAUGGUAGGAAAUUAGGUCAGAAUAACUCACACUUUAUUGCAGGAGGCAUAAUAAUGAUAUGUAAUAAUUUUUUCUUCUAAUUUCUAUGUCUAAAACUUAUUUAAUAAAAUUUUUGAAAGUCA